CGCCGAGUAAGCGCUUAAUUAACGAUAUUGUGAUUUAGGAAAAAUCUUAUCAGCUAUCAUUUUUGCAGGAGUUUGCAGCAAAACCACCUAGAAUUUAUUUUAGUAAUUAUUCUUAUUUUUUAAAUACAAUGUUCAGUUCAAAUGCAAGGAAUCUUAUGCGCAGCAGCUUGAUCAACCGCUGCAAGAGCACCUUGGUGUUUGCUGAGCAUAACAAUGGAGCAUUAAAUCCAAUUACAUUAAACACUAUCUCAGCUGCGAAAAAGAUCGGAGGUGAUGUCACAGUGUUGGUAGCUGGCACCAAAUGUGGUCCGGCAUCUGAAGCUGUUGCCAAGGUCGAAGGUGUUGCGAAAGUGUUGGUGGCAGAGAAUGCUGCUUUCAAUGGUUUCACUCCUGAGGCCAUAACUCCCCUAGUGCUGGCAGCUCAAUCUCAAUUCAAGUUCACACAUAUUUUGGCAGGCGCCACCGCUUUUGGAAAGAAUGUGCUACCACGCGUAGCAUCUAAAUUGGAUGUGUCGCCUAUUUCUGAAAUCAUCGAUGUAAAGAGCGAAGACACCUUCGUGCGCACCAUUUAUGCUGGUAACGCCAUAUUGACUCUACGUUCCAAGGAUCCCGUUAAAGUGAUAACCGUACGUGGUACUAAUUUCGCACCUGUCGCAGCUACUGGUGGCAGCGGCGCCAUUGAACAGGCACCAGCCGGUGAUUAUGCCUCUCAAUUGAGUGAAUUUGUGUCGCAAGAACUUACCAAAUCCGACCGUCCAGAGUUGACUAGUGCCAAAGUGAUUAUAUCCGGCGGACGUGGUCUGAAAUCGGGCGAUAACUUCAAGUUACUCUAUGAUCUGGCUGACAAAUUUGGUGCUGCUGUAGGUGCUUCUCGUGCCGCCGUUGAUGCUGGUUACGUGCCCAACGAUCUGCAAAUUGGUCAAACUGGCAAAAUUGUUGCGCCCGAAUUAUAUAUUGCUGUUGGCAUCUCAGGCGCCAUCCAACAUUUGGCAGGCAUGAAGGACUCCAAGACAAUAGUGGCCAUAAACAAAGAUCCCGAAGCACCAAUCUUCCAGGUGGCAGAUAUUGGUUUGGUCGCGGAUCUUUUCAAAGCUGUACCAGAAUUAACCGAGAAAUUGUGAGGCUACAACGUCGGCAUUCGUCGUCCGAAAUAAACCGCAGUGCAUUUAUUUUAUUUGAUUUUCGUAACAAAAGUCUACCAACAAUUACUUUAUAAUUGGUUGCAAUUUAAUACUUUUUUAUUUGUAUACACCAUGUAUGUGUUAGUUCGCAUUCCGCGCAUCAUGUAGAAUCCUACCACUACCCAAGAAAUACUUUUUGUUUAAGAAUAAAAUUGCUAAACUUUUAUAAUAUCUAAA